GUUUUGCGAUUAAUUAUACAUGCAGUAGUACAGUAGACAUACUACAUGCUAGCGGAGUUUGUUCACGAAUGCCUUUAACCAGCAGAGCCAUCAGGAACAGCCAAGAUGCAACCUCCUGCACCAAGUAGUAGCUCUUGGCCAUUUGGAAACCAAACUACUUCACAGGCCAGCGGCGUGCCACAGCUUACGGUUCCCGCGCUUCCAUCCCAGCAGUAUGGCCCCCAGCAAGUCCCUCAGAAGACCUUGAGCUCCUCAGCACCUGUGCAACGUGGAGAUCGCGAUUGCACGUUACGCCACGUUUCCGCGGAUCCGUACUUUACAGCCCAGGGUCCCAUAUCGUCCGAUGAGUACCAUUGGGCUGUCGUCUCUCACUUGAAGUCCCUAAAGCCAUCAGACCAACCUAGCGCUUGGGUAACCCGUCCUGUGGCGCCAAUCGCGCCCUCUGUAGUCGAAUCCGGAAGCUCCGCGACAGCUGCGGGCAAUGUCCCCGCAACAUCGGGUUCGGCACCUGCUGCGGUCAGCGCUGGCUCUCCAAGCGGCGAGACCUUGAAGCACCCCGACCCCUUGACCAGUCUUGAAGAACUCCGUUGGCGCGAUUACCAAACCCUGCGGCAACAACAGGGCGGUACUUCUGCUGCGCCAGCCAUCCCUGCACUCCCUGCUAAUCUGCCUCAACAACCUCAACCCGCGGCGCCUCAACUCGCAGCAGCAACAGCGCUUGCAGCAAGCGGCACUUCCGCGCCGCAGACGCCGGUGUUCCCAACGCCCGUCCGCACGUUGUUCCCGCCCACACCACAGCCGGCUGCGGCUGCUGCUGCUGCGGCGGGGGGAGGCCAGGAGGAUGUCAUGGACACCGCGGAGUGUGUUGACGCGGAGAGCCAGUUCAAGUGCAUGUACGCGCAGCCGGCAGCGGCCAUGGCGAGCCCGGAGGAAAUGCGGGUGGUGCAGGUCGAGUCGUACAAGGCAGGGAGACAGGUAGUGCCGUACUGGCUAGUCAGCGGCGCGUAGACUUUCCUCGGGUGCAGCACCAACCCUAGCGGUACGUAGUGAAGCUUCCGCCUUGCUUGGCUGGGUGCAGCAACGCAAGCUUGCCAGCUUGGUUGAUGGGGUCAUCACCCCUCCAGCGAGAGCUAGCUAGGGUAUAGCAGGGAGAUUAUGUAGUAUUGACAUAUGUAGUGAGCAGUGCCGGCGCAGGAUUGAAAGAGGUAGAGUAGCAGUCCGUGCAGAGUCCCAAGGGGUGAGGCGGCUUAGCGGCUUAGGAAGGGUGCUAGGAGGGUAGAAGCUUGCAGGGAGGAACGCGUUGUGCUGGGCGCAUCGUAUUAGGCGGGGCAACCAUGAGUGUUUGUGCGCUAGAUGCUUGCAGGUAACGUCUCCCAUGACAAAAAGGAAGGCUGGAAAAGGAAGAAUGAUGUCACGCAGGUCAGAGGGUUAGAUAGGUGUGUGUCUCGAGCCCUCGAGAAUGGGUGGGUGUAGCUAGGUUGUGGGACCCGGUAGUAUGACAGGCUUGAUAGCAGUAGACGACAUUUCGCAUUACACUGCCGUACCGCCGUGUUUGUGUGUCCCGUCUUAAAUAACAAGACGCACGGCUCAAAGAAGAUAGAGACCGCUCAAGCUUGGGCCGUUCGGCGAGGAGGCUUCAAGAGCUUCUGGAAUGCUUUGUGCACGGAUGUCUAAUAAGCAACAUGCUCC